ACCCACUCUUUUAUCCCUGAGCUCCGCUCUGAAUCAGUUGCACCCAAGUUAACCUAACAAUGUCUGCGAGCAGUUUCAGACUUUUCGUAAAGAAUGCAACACAAGUGGUUUUAGUUUGUAGAAAUGGUGAGAAGUAUCUUACCAGAGAUGGGAUGCAGACGCUGGCUGUGGUUGAGAACGGCAGUGUGCUGAUUGGACAUGAUGGACUGAUUAAAGCUGUUGGACCAGCAGACAUCAUUGAGUCUCAGUUCAAAGGAGCAAAGUUUGACAAUGUUCUGGAUGCCUCUGGCAUGUGUGUUAUCCCUGGUCUGGUUGAUGCACACACACAUCCAGUAUGGGCGGGAGACAGAGUGCACGAGUUUGCCAUGAAGCUGGCCGGUGCCACAUAUAUGGAAGUGCAUGAAGCAGGAGGUGGAAUCCAUUUCACAGUGACACAUACUCGCUCAGCAACCGAACGACAGCUAUUAGAUGGUUUAAAGAGUCGUCUGGAGCGCAUGAUGAGAGCUGGAACCACGCUGGUGGAGUGUAAGAGUGGAUAUGGGCUUGAGCUGGACACUGAACUCAAAAUGCUGAGGGUGAUCAACUCAGCCAGAAACUCCUUGCCAAUUGGGAUAUCAGCAACAUAUUGCGGAGCCCACGCAGUACCCAAAGGUAAAACGAUGGAGGAAGCCACUCAGGACAUUGUGGCAGUGCAACUGCCCAAGAUAAAAACGCAAAUUGCUUCAGGUGAACUGCAGGUGGACAACAUUGAUGUAUUUUGUGAGAAAGGUGUGUUUGAUUUGAACUCAACACGUUGCAUUCUCAAGGCUGGCAAAGAUAUGGGCCUCAACAUCAACUUUCACGGCGAUGAACUCCAUCCAAUGAACUCGGCACAUCUUGGGUCAGAACUUGGUGCUUUAGCCAUCAGCCAUUUAGAAGAAGUGACAGAUGAUGGAAUUGCUGCGAUGGCAAAAGCUAAAACAUCAGCAGUCCUCCUGCCCACCACUGCCUAUAUAUUAAGGCUUACUCCACCACGUGCAAGAGAUAUGCUUGAUGCUGGAGUCAUAGUGGCCCUUGGCAGUGACUUCAACCCCAAUGCCUACUGCUGCUCAAUGCCUAUGGUGAUGCACUUGGCCUGUGUGCUGAUGAAGAUGUCUAUGCCAGAAGCUUUGGCUGCAAGUACUAUAAAUGCAGCUUACGCUCUCAACCGUUCACAUACGCAUGGGUCGCUUGAAAUCGGGAAACAGGGAGACCUUGUGAUCAUCAAUGCACCACGGUGGGAACAUCUGGUCUACCAGUUUGGGGGCCAUCAGGAGCUCAUUCAAUAUGUCAUAAUCAAAGGCGAGGUUGUUUAUAAAAAUGACAAAGUGUUGAACCUUUAAGGACCCUGCACAUAGCCAAUCCCUCAAUGAAGCAACACAAGAUUGUGUGGAAAAAUUUCAUUACUGUGGUUAGUAACCGCAUUGAAUCAUAUUCCAUGACAAAAUUACAUAAAUAAAUACAUAAAAAAAUAAGCUCUAUAAAUAUUCACACAAAUUAAAGGUGAUUCUGUUUACAAAAGCUGUGUAAAAUCAUACAAACUUGUUUUGUAUAAAUGUGUCCUUCCAUCUCCAAAAUGUUUCUGUCAUCGUAAAGGAAAUGCACGGUUUAGCACCAGUUCCAUCUUCUCUUCUCCUAGUGCACAUGCAUCUAAUACACACAGCAGUCUUUGAUUGGUCAACUGAUUUGCAGUGGCGAUCAAGUCAGCUGUUGGAGAACAAAGAGAAACCAGAUUUAAAUGUUUACCUAAUUUAUUCCCACAUGAAAUAACAAAGUAAAUAAAAAGAAAAAUAAGAAUUA